AUGGCGCUGCCGGCCUUCGCAUCGCACGCCGGCUCCGCGGACGGGUCCCCGGCGCCGUGGGAGCGGCUGCUGCUCAUGUCCGGCAAGCCGCUGCUGCGGUGCCUGCGGGAGGCGUGGGACCUGGAGCGCGUGAAGAUCUUCCGCGCGGAGGAGACGGCGCGGGCGGCGCUGGAGCAGGACCGGGAGCGGAGCGCGCAGGUGAAGAAGCGGUCGCUGCAGCUGCUCGCCAAGCAGGGGAGGAAGGGAGGCGCUCGUGCUGCCCUGGCCGUCGACGGCGGCGGCGACCGGAGCGACGACGCGUGCGGCGUGUGCGCGGACGGCGGGCAGCUGUUGUGCUGCGACAGCUGCCCGUCGACCUUCCACCCGGAGUGCGUCGCCGUGCAGGGCGUCCCCGACGGCUCCUGGGCCUGCCACUACUGCCGCUGCUUCCUCUGCUCCGCCAGCGACGGCGCCCCCUCCACCUGCCACCAGUGCGCCCGCAAGUAUCACAACCACUGCCGCACGUCGCUGUUCGCCGGGCACGAGAUCGGGCCCUUCUGCAGCGAGUCCUGCAACAAGAUUGCGGCGAAGCUGACGGAGAUGGCGGGGGCGGCGAACAGGGCCGAUGAAGACGGCUACUCCUGGUCCCUGCUGAAGAUGCAGAAGGACACCAGGGACUCCGCCGCCGAUCUCGAGUGCAACAUGAAGCUGACCGUGUCGCUGGGUGUGCUGGAUGAAUGCUUCAACCCCGUCAAGGACCGGCGCACCGGCGUCGACAUGCUGCACCAGGCCGUCUACAGCCUCGGGUCGGAGUUCAAGCGGCUAAGUUACGAAGGAUUCUAUACCAUGGUACUCGAGAAGGACACAGAAAUCAUCUCGGUUGCCCUGUUAAGGUUCCAUGGCAACAAACUGGCUGAGAUGCCGUUCGCCGGCACGCUGCCGCACUACCGGAGGCAGGGGAUGAUGGGCCGCCUCGUCAAGGCCGUCGAGCAGGUGCUGACGACGGUGCAGGUGGAGAAGCUGGUGAUUCCGGCGGUGGCCGAGGUGGUCGACACAUGGAAGAGGUCCUUCGGCUUCGCGCCCAUGGAGCCGCGGCUGAGGGAGGAGGCCAAGAGGCUCAGCAUGGUGGUCGUCACCGGCACCGUCAUGCUGCAGAAGCACAUCGCGCCGCCGAUGACUGAGGACGAGCUGGCGUUCCUGGAGAUGAGCUGGCCGCUCUCCAGUUUCACCGACCUCGUCGCCGGGAUCGCGUUCCCGCCGCCGUCUGGCGCCGACCCGCUGGCCGCCGCCGUGAGGGGGCUGGGUGUGGGUGCCCGGGGGACGAGCGGCCGGCGGUCCUGCGGCGGCGAGGCGGUGGGCUCCAGCGUGUUCCAGAUGCAUAGCUACGCACCUGCUGCGCACGGCGCGGCAGGCUGGUUCCAUGCCUACAAACUGGCGGAGAUGCCAUUCAUGGGCACAAUGCCGCACUACCAGAGGCAGCGGAUGAUGGGCCGCCUCGUCAAGGACGUGCUGGAGUUGGUGCAGGUGGAGAAGCUGGUGAUCCUGGCGGUGGACGAGGUGGUCGACAUGUGGAAGAGGUCCUUUUUUGGCUUCACGCCCAUGGAGUCGCAACUAAGGGAGGAGCCCAAGAGAACAACAUGGUCAUCGUCACUGGCACCAUCGUACUACAUAAACACAUCGCCGAGCAAUAGAGUGCACGCGGAGAAGAGGAGAGUCAGGCGCCACCUAUGA